AUCCACUUCAGCUCCAUAAGCCGCAGCCGCAGCCGCAGCAAUGUCUUCCCCGGCUCUCUCCUUUGCAUUCUUCCUCCUCCUCAUAUCCUCCUCCACGCUUCUGGUUGCGUCCAUGGACUGUAAUAAGGGCGACCGUGAAGCCCUCCUUAAGAUCAAGGAGGGCCUCGGCAACCCUCCCCAGCUCUCGACGUGGAUCCCCGCCACCAACUGCUGCGCGUGGGAUAACCUCUACUGCGACGACACCGGCCGCGUGUACAAUGUCUACAUCUACAAUGCCGAUGUCACCGCUGCACUCCCCGUGGCCUUCGGCGACCUCUCCGCCCUCCAGAGCCUCUCCCUGCAGGACAUGCCGGGGCUCACCGGCCCCAUCCCUCGCUCCUUCGCCAAACUCUCACAACUCUACCUCCUAUCGAUCUCCAACACCUCCAUCACCGGUCCCGUCCCGGACUUCCUCACGAGUACUAACCUCAGCGCCCUCACCCUCCCCAGCAACAAGCUCUCCGGACCCAUCCCACCCGCGCUGAGCCGCCUCCCUUACCUCCGCUACGUGGACCUCAGCCACAACAUGCUCUCCGGUCCGAUACCGCAGGGGCUGCUGCACGGAGAGUACCAGUUCCUGAUACUCUCCAACAACCGGCUGACGGGGGCGAUCCCCAGCUCCUACGGCAAAGGAGACGUGAACACCAUCGACCUGGGGCACAACCGGCUCACCGGCUACCCGUCGUUCCUGUUCGACAGAACGAGGCCGACGGUCAAGCUCGACCUGUCGUGGAACGAGCUGGCGUUCGACAUCACCAAGGCGGCGCUGCCAUGGCACCUGGAGUACCUGGAUCUAAGCCACAACCGGAUCAGGGGCGGGGUCCCCAAGUCUCUCAAGGACCUGUACAAGCUUCUGGUGCUCAACCUCACCUACAACGAACUCUGCGGGGAGAUCCCGACGGGGCGAGCGAUGGCAUAUCACGGCGCCGAGUGCUAUCUCCAUAACAAGUGCCUCUGCGGGACACCACUCCCACCCUGCCGCCACUGAGCUUGCUACGGUAGGCACAGUUGUUAGCAUCUUCUAUUAUCUAUCUACUUUUGGGCCAAUGACGAUGUCUGCGCGUCUUGAAAUGAGUAAGCAAACGCAUGCUUUUUUAUCUGCUAAUGAAGAAAGAAGGAGCAGCAAUUCAAGGAUGUGUGUAAGCUUAGAACCGUGUUGACCGAUGGUCAAAUACAUUCAUCAGUUACGCGUCCUUCAAUA